AUGGUGAUGGUGGCGGAGGGAGAAGCAGCGGCGGAGAGUAAUGUUAUAUUGGUGGUUGUGAUCAGAGAGUAUGAUCCAAAGAAGGAUAUCAAUGGAGUUGAAGAGCUGGAAAAGAAGUGUGAUGUAGGACCUAGUGACAAACUCUCCCUCUUUACUGACCAUAUGGGAGAUCCUAUUUGCAGGGUCCGCCAUUCCCCUGUUUUUUCCAUGCUGGUAGCAGAAAUGAUUUCGAGUAAAAUACAAGGAGAAGAAGAAGAAGGAUCGGGUAAAGAAAUAGUGGGGACUAUAAGGGGAAGUGUUAAGACAGUUGCAUGUGGAAAAGACGGUCAGGAUCAUGCCAAGCUCGCUUAUGUUUCGGGUCUUCGCGUUUCUCCUUCUCACCGGCGAUUUGGGAUAGGAUUGAAGCUUGUGCAGAAGAUUGAAGAAUGGUUUACACAAAAUGGAGCUGAUUACUCUUACAUGGCAACCGAAAAGGAUAACUUUCCUUCUGUCAAACUCUUCACCGGUAAAUGUGGCUACUCUAAGUUCCGUACGCCGGCGAUUCUAAUCCAACCCGUUUUCGCCCACCAGGCUCCGAUAAGUAACCGGGUUAACAUCAUCAAACUCGAACCAUCCGACGCGGAAACCCUCUACCGUCGCCGUUUCUCCACAACGGAGUUCUUCCCUCAAGAUAUAGACGCGGUGUUAAACAACAAAUUGAGUUUGGGAACCUUCCUCGCCGUUCCACGUGGAAGUGGGUCUUGGGUCGGGUCGGAUAAGUUUUUGGAUGAUCCACCGGAAUCAUGGGCAGUGUUGAGUGUUUGGAACUGUCAGUUUCAGCUUGAAGUGAAAGGUAAUGGUUCUCGGGUUAAGAAGUGGUUAGCCCGGAAGAGUAGGAGUUUGGACCGGGCUUUUCCUUGGCUGAGAGUUCCGUCGGUGCCGGAGUUUUUCCGGCCGUUUGGGAUCCAUUUUCUUUAUGGGUUGGGUGGAGAAGGGGUUAUGGCGGCGAGAUUAAUGAAGGCACUUUGUGGGAUGGCGCAUAAUUUGGCGAUGGAAAGGGGUGGUGGAGUGGUGGCGGCGGAGGUGGCUGCCGGAGAGAAGUUUAAGGAAGGGAUACCGCACUGGAAGAGGCUAUCGUGCGCUGAGGAUUUAUGGUGUAUAAAGAGAUUGGGCGGAGGAGAAAAGAGGAGUGAAGGGGAUGAUGUCGGUGACUGGACAAGAUCAACACCUGGUCUGUCCUUAUUUGUUGAUCCAAGAGAGAUUUAGAAAUGGACAUGUAUCAUUAUCGUUGUAUAACAUGGUCCCAUUC